UUAUAAUCUCUUACAAAGCUUAUUUUAUCUAAUUAAGGGAGCUAAUAGCAAGGGGUAAAAAGCAAGAUGGCCAAUUUCAUCAAAGAUAAGAAGAACAAGGAUCAAGAUAUAUUGAAAAACCUUGCUUCUAAUGAAAAUGACCAAGGGCUAGCAAGAAAUGUACCACUAGGAGAUGACUUGGGACUAAUAAUAAUACAUGUGCCAAAACAAGACCAAGCUGAGCCAAAAAGUGAUGUACAAGAUCAAGAACAUAUAGUAGUAAAUGAAGAUGGAAAUAAUACACAAAAUCAAGAACAACCAGCAAAUAUACCACCAAGUGAUGAUAUUGGACAAGAAGAAGAAGAUGAACAAGAAGCACAAGAGAAUGAUGAUGAUAAUUUUGAACUUCCAAAUGGAGCAAGAGCAAAAGUUUCAAAACCUCCAAGCAAAAGACCAGCUCCACCUCCUAAGACUGGUUGAAAAUAAUUAAUGUUGUGACUAUAUAUUAUUUCAAGAAAUUCAACUUUUUUUCUUGGUUCUUAA